AUGGCAGCCGCAGCGUCAAGCUCGACCUCAGAACCAUUGGCAACAAAAUCAACAGUGUCUCCAUGGCUAGACGAGGAGCCUGGAGCUUUGCAUGUCGAUAAAGUCUUGGAACAGGUAUCGCAGGAUGAUCAGGACGAGUGGGAAUACGAAUACUCCACGACUGAGACAGAAGUCUACUAUUUAACGCUUGAUCUAUCAUACCCAGAGUUCAAAGAACGCCCAGCAAAGGCCCAUCAUCAUAGCCGUGGAGGGUAUUACAAAAAUUGGUCAGAUCAGUACGCCGAUAACAAUAACGCAGACGUGAAGAACGACAAACAUGUUGUUGGUCCACACGAACCAGGUCGUAACGAGGAUAACAACGACGAAGAAGAUGGCCAGGGCAAUUCAGGAGCUGCUGAACCAGAAGAAGAGGUUCCAGAAGAAGAAGAUGCACCAGGGGAAGAAGAGGAAAAUGAAGAGGACGCGAAUAUCGACCCUCGUCUAAGAGCGAUUAGCAACCCUACGAAAACUACGAAACCAGUGAAGAAGGACAAAGGGAAAGGGAAAGAGAAAGAGAAAGAGAAAGAGAGAGAAGACUCGGCUAUGAAAGAGACGACUGAACCAGCAAUAGAUAAAGACUCCAGCGAACCUCUGGAAGAGAUACAGAUACUGGAACUCCACUCUCGCAACCCAAUUAUAUCCUACAGAGGCCGAGUGUUUGAGGGCCAGUGGGCAGAAGUAAUCGGGACAGAAGCGAUUUUAGCAGAUCGUGAGGCCAAAGAUGCCGCCCAGCUACCUGCUCUUCGCCAUCUUCCUGGCGGUGUAGAUAUCCUUGGAGCCAGCUCCUCACGUAUCCUGACCACUGAAAAGACGUUAAAGCCCAAAGUGGCACAAGAGGACUCGUUAAAGGCUAUUCGUGAGGAGUGGAACAUUCGCAUCCCCCCUGGGAAAGAUAGGACGGGCGAGAGGGCGCAGCAGUUGCGCUUCCUAGAGAAUCUCAUCGCCCUCAAGAAGAAAAGGGGGGACGAAGAUGAAGUUACCGUUUAUGCGAUGGAUGGCGCUGGAAAGGAUUUUGAUGACAGAAAGGGUCCUGACUUCAAACCUCGCAGAAAAAAGCCCAGUCUUGGUGUGGAACAAAGCAAUGGUGCUAGUCAGAGUGACAGAGGGGAACGUCGAUAUACAAGACGGAGCCAGGGCCGCCGGGGAGGCAGACGAAGGCGAGCUUCUGCUGUCAGAGGCAUAGCAGCCGCAGCAGCAGAUAGGGGCGUUUUCCCAACUCCCGACUCAACUACGCUAUCUACACCGACGCCGAGCCACUGGGAUGAACUUUUGGGAAUACAGGGCGACGAAGAUGAUAACAAUAAUGACAGCCUCAGUGACAUCGAUGAGGACAGCGAUGAAUCGGCAAGAAUGCGUACUGGCUUUGAUGGCGAAGAUGAAGAUGACGACGAAGUUGAAGAUGAGGAUGAGGAUGAUGAUGAAGACGACGGAGAUGUGAUAAUGCUUGGCUAG